UCAAACACUCACAGAGGACCCGGGCUAUAAAUACGGCUGCGCGCAACGCACAGUUAGACAUUUUCCCAAAAUCAAACGAAAGUCACAACUGAGCAGGGAACCGUGGGAAUCCGGUUUCUACCUUUUGAUAAACUCUUUACCUUGCUCUACAUUUUAUAUUCUAGACUAUAUUUAGUAUCCAGCUCACUAUGUUGUCCAUGGGUGGAUUACAUUUGAAGCACGUCGUGGUGGCAGCGGUGUGCUCCGUGCUGGCCACAGGGACGCUGGGGUCCCCGGUGGUGGGGCCAGAGCCGAUCCGAUGCGCCCCGUGUUCUCCGGAGAAGCUGAGCCAGUGUCCAGAGGUGGCCCCCGGAUGCACCGAGGUGCUGCGGGAACCCGGCUGUGGAUGCUGCCUCGCCUGCGCCCUGAAGGCUGAGGAGCUGUGCGGGAUCUACACGGCGCCGUGCGGCUCCGGACUGAAGUGCACCCCGAGACCCGGCGACCCCCGGCCGCUGCACUCCCUCACCCGGGGGCAAGCCGUGUGCACGGAAAGCACGGAGCCCGAGCCGACCCCCGAGCCCCAGACACAAGAUCAGGGAGAGCCAGAGGCUGAGAUGGAGAACGCAGCCAUCGUCCCGGACCCCGGCUCCAGCCACUACCUCCCCGGCCACAGUAAACCCUACGACCCGAGGGCUGCUGCCGACGCUCAGGAGAGCAUGAAAGCCAAACUCCUCGCCAACCGCAAGAAAAUGGUCGAACAGGGGCCAUGUCAUGUUGAGCUGCAUAGAGCCUUGGAAAAGAUUGCCAAAUCCCAGCAGAAAUUAGGAGACAAAUUAACCAGAUUCUACCUCCCCAACUGUGACAAGCACGGGCUUUACAAACCCAAACAGUGUGAAUCCUCCUUGGACGGACAGAGGGGUCGAUGCUGGUGUGUGAACUCCUGGAACGGCAAGCAGAUGUUAGGUUGGACCGACCUGUCUGUAGAAGCCGAGUGCCCUAAAGAGAUCAACCACUGAUGCAGAUCUCGAAGAAGAAGAAGAAGAAGAAGAAGCAGCAGCAAGCCACUGAUUUUUCCUUUUGGAUAAAUGUUUAUUUAUUGAUCUUGUCCAUGGUGGUGUUUAAUUCAGGUACACUGUCAUUGCUGGACUUUGGGUCCAGGCCACUCUGAACCCCUCCCUCCCUCCCUCCUCUUCAAACACCCGUCCCAAAGAGAAAAAGAAAAUCUAUUUUUGUUUUUCUGAAAAAGAUUUUAAUAUUGAUGCAUUUACUCUUCAGCCUUAUUUAUUUCAACAUUAUUUGAUUUUGUUAUUUGUAAUUAUUGUAUGAGUAUUUAUAUAAUAUUUUGCCUUAUUGUUGUUAUAUUAUUAUUUGUAUGGGUGUAUAAAGUGUAUAUAUGUAUCUUGGCCCUGAGUAACUCCACUGCUGAGUUGAGCUCGCUCUACCCUUAAGGAGUUGUCUGGAGGUUUGGUUUGUGACAAACCAAGCAAGAACAAAAGCACUGAGUGACCAAAUGUCAUUUAGAAGUAUUUCUAAAUGUUGUUUUUAUGAUUCAUUUUCACAUUGUUGCCAUUGUUAUUUGUCUUUUUGUUGUUGUCUUUUCUUGUGACACAUGAUCACCUUUUGUCAGUGAAUGCAAAACUCUCAGUCGGGAAUCUUUAAACAGUACUCAGAAAACAUUUCCCAUGGUUCCAUGGGGUUGCAGUUAGCAUGACAGGUGGUGCCUCCCAGACGGGUAUUUCUACAUUUACCUACCUCCAAUAUUUAUGUGUCUGCUGUCAAGUUAUGUUGAUGUGUCUGUCAAAAAAGAAAAGACUUGCUAUUUUACUUUACAUGUCGCUGUUCUCUUACCAAGAAGACAUGACCACAAAGAGCGAGUCCCACCGUGAACGUGUGACGCCUCUGCUCUGUCUAUACAUGCUGCUGAUGGAGAGAGAAUUAUUGUUGAUGUGAGUCUAUUCCAAAGUGACUAACUGCUCACACGUGUGUAUGUACUGUACACUUUUGUAAUUGAGAUGUAAUGUAAAAAGAAUAAAAAGGUGAUAUAUUUAAUAAAAACAUUAACCUCA